AAAAGAAUCGGUCAUACCGAUCAGUCCGCAGCUCACAGUACAUUAUGAGUAACGUUUCUGUUACUGUACAUUCACUCAAGAAUCAAAAUGAUGCCGUUGUGACAUUGAUUUCACCAGUGAUGUCUGAUCUCUCUCUGCUGGCAUCUCUAAUGCUACAUACAGGGAGAUCAAACGGCGAUACACUUACCAUAAACAACAAUAAGUCAAGGAUUUUCUCCUGCAAUGAUAAUGAUACAUUUCUUCAACAACUUCAAAUACAGCCUUAUGUUGUCAAAAUAACACUAAAUGAAAGAGACCAAUAUGGCGUUGCUUCGUGCUUGGAUAGCACACGGAUCAUUGUGAAUUACUUAAUAUCUCCACCAUCCACACAUCAAUCUGAACCUCUCAAGACGCUGCACGUCUCACACAGCAUAUCUGAAUCCUGGUACUCAAUUUCAGAGCUUCACGAGGCUCCAAUAAACACAUAUAAGCUCAAAAUGUCACCACCGGUACAAAGCUCUCCAGUGAAGAUCAUUGACCACGAAGAUGUUAUCAACGAUCCAUUUGACUACUUCCUCGAUAAGUAUUUCUCCAAUUUGUACCUCCUCUCAACACCAUUGACUGUAUUUACUAAGUCAGUUUUUGCAAGACUGCGAGCAAUUUGUUUAAAGGAUUUGAAGUUUUAUGAAUCCAUUUUAUCACAGUUUGUCAUGAGAUUGGACCAAUUCGACCAGAGGCAUUCAGCAUUAAACAACGGAUUGCUGAACUCAUCGACACUCUUCGAAAAAGAGGAAAUAUACAGAAAGGAAUUCAUUGCAAAAUCCUUAAACUUGGUGGAUUUCGAUAUUCAUUCCCAGGAUUACCAAGAAACUAACAGAAGCUUGGGUCCCCUGUUAAGCGGUUUCAAAGUUAAGGAAACUCAACUACAAAUAUUAAUCCUGUUAGAAUUGAUUGAAAUAUCCGAUAGGGAUGAUAAAAGGUACUUUAAGCCUGUAAAAAUGCAAAAGCCAAAGAGAAAACUUGUGGGAAAGAAGAAAAUCACACCAAUACUGAACGGAAUGGGUAUUGACACAGGUAGACAGCGCUCAAAGUCUCUAUCAAUGGAACAGUUGUCGUACAAUCAAUUAUUGGACCUUUAUAUUGAGAAGCUGGCCAUUAAUGAUCUGUUAAAUGGUUCCUCGUCAAAUGAAAACUACACUCCAAAGUUCAUCAACUAUACAGUGGUUCCAUUCUUUGAGAAAAAAUGUCCUCAUUCAGUCAGACAUAUGAUCAAAAAGAUCAAAGGACCAUCUUUCAAACCCCCUGAUUCUAAACAAGCUGAUAAAACUAGAAAACGGGAUAAGGUGAGCAAACCAAUCUUACAGAGAUCACAAUCUACUCGGUCCAGACUGGAAGAUAUUGAAGAAUUGAAUUCGUCAUUAGUACGUUCGAAUUCAGAAUUGGAAUCACUUAAGAGAGUAUCUUCGUUUAAUUCGAAGAUACUUUCCAAACGAGAAAUUGAUGUUUCAGUUCCAGUGUUUGAAAGUAAACCGCUGAAGACGUCAAAUUCUCAAAUAUUCAACCGUGUUGGUAAAAGAACAGCCUCCACUACGUCUCUCAGGUUGACAAAGUCAUAUAGUCAAAUAGAAGCUACUCCGAUCAAGAAAGGAAAGAUCGUCGAUAUUAUCAAUACUCCAAAUGACAAUGUGAAGAAUACGCAGGGUCAAAUACCGGGCUCUGCAGAGAGUGUUGUUAUUGAGGAUAGUGGGAGUGCUCUCGACACUGCUGUAUGUUCAUCGCCCAUUGCUGUGCGUACUCUGGGUAGUCCAAUCAAUGUAAGGUCGAAACCCCAAAAGAAAGAGCCUUCAAAGGACUUUACAGAAUCAUCACCGAGACUAAUGGAUAGCCCUGUUACAGCAAAAAACGUCAGAAGACGUUUGUUUGCUCCGUCAAAGACUUAAUUGGAUCUACUCACCAAUAGAUAUUACGAAUGUUACGGUAUUUGUUCA